AUGAUUCUCGAGACUGAACAAACUACUACUGUUGACGAAUGUGUUAUGGCUAAAGGCUCACUGAAUGACAAUGAUUGGCUGAACCCUAAUGUUGGACCAAUCGAAACUUUGUAUUGGUCUACUGAAUUCAUCAAUUACACUAUUCGUAUAUUUAGGAGGUGUUAUCUUCGGGCAAGUUAUAGACUAGAGAUGAAGGUAUCGUCGUCCUAG